UGUUUACAAAAGCUACACAAAGGAAUUAUGUUCAGCUUACAUUUAUAGAAGACAAACCUGACCACUCGGAGAGAAGCAAGACACUUAGAGAGAGGCACUAGAACAGAUUUAGAGAGAAGAUAAACACUUGAACAGAGAGAUAAGGGACUUGAACAUUCAGACAGACAGACAGACAGACAGACAGACAGACAGACAGACAGACAGACAGACAGACAGACAGACAGACAGACAGACAGACAGACAGACAGACAGACAGACAGACACUUCAACAGAGAGUGAAAGACACGUAAGAAAAGAACUAUGGAUAGUAAGAGAAAAGAGGAAAUUUAGCACACAGACAAAAAGGGGGACAGAUUUUGAUAGAAGUGGGGUACAUGAAAGACAGAAAGAGAAACAAGACACUGGAACAGAGAUGGAAGCAUCUGACAGGGGCUCACGCGCGGACGUCAACACAAAAACAACAGUCUGAGGUCAAGACCUGUUUGUCAUCCGAAGAUAAUCAUUCUUAUCAUCCUUCCUCCAGUCUGUUUGCGGACAAUUUUAAUCUGCGAGUAGCUGCCUCACGUGUGCUGCGCAUAAUCCGUUGACCUGCAUCGUCAGAUGAAGCUCUGUGCCGGUGCCAGCAGACCGACUUCUGGUUCUUGUUACCUCCAUCAGUAACAUUUCAACGGAAAUAGCUGGCAAACAUGGAGAAGAUUCAAAGUAUGAUCUUCGCCGUUAUAAUAUUACUCUGGGUGGACAUUUUACCGACAGCAUUUUUAUUGGACGAGAAAUCAGAAGGGUGUCUACCUGCAGGACUCAUGGAUAGAAAUGAAGAGUAUGCCAAACGAUUUCGACCUAGCGGUUAUUUAUCCCUGGAGGAUUUCAGUCAGCUACUCAAACAUCUCCAAAUGAACUUCCAAUCCAGCAUUGUCUCACAUCGGGUUGAAAAUCAACUUAAAGACCUGCAUUUGAACGACUCUGAAUUGAAACAAAGUGGAAACAGUAGCGGGAACUGUUCACAGAAUCAUGAAAAGUGCCAGAACAUUUUCAGCAUAUAUCUACGGCACUCGGACACCAAGGGACUGAACUACACUCAGCUUCCGUCAGCUGUGCUUGAGGCGCUUCUGUCAGCUGCGGACCCCAGCUGUUUGCACGAGACCCCUAGAGACCCCAGCAAAUACAAGCCGAGCAUUGGACAAGCAUGGGGCUACGGGAUCGGCUUUGUAUCUCUAAUCGUCAUCAUAUCUAACAUCGGAGGACUUUUGACACCAGUCAUGUCCAAGACAUUCUUCCAGAGACUUCUGCAAUUUCUUGUUGCCAUGGCAGCAGGAACCCUAGUGGGAACGGGUCUUUUAGUCCUUAUUCCAGAGGCAUUCAACCUCAUGUCCUGCCCGGACAUAAAGCACAGCUAUAUAUGGAAGUCUGUUACGACCCUGGUAUCCAUCUACAUCUUCUUCAUGUCCGAGCGUAUCCUCAAGUGUUUCCUGAGAGACAGAGAGGUGAAGCGGCUGAGGAGCCAUGAGAAUUUUGAAGAAUCAAAAUAUACAGAGGAGGAGGGACUGGCAGCACUAGUCAACGGCUUAGACGAUCACAGCCAUUCCCAUUUGCCGACUCCUUCCCUCGGCAAGGAGAUGAGUACCGAGGGAGUUAUAAAGAACAGCCCAGUCAAGACCGUGGCGUGGAUGGUUCUGACCGGUGACGUCAUCCACAACUUCGUGGACGGGAUGACCAUCGGCUCAAGCUUCACGCAAAACGUCUACAUGGGGGUCACCAUCAGCAUCGCCGUCCUGUGCGAAGAGCUGCCCCACGAACUCGGUGACAUCGCCAUUUUAAUUGCCUCUGGAAUGACCAUGAAGAGGGCGCUGUUUCUCAACUUCCUGUCUGCCUGCGUCUGCUGCUUGGGGCUGGUGACGGGUACCAUCCUCGGGGAGACAACGGAUGCCAACCGCUGGAUUCUGGCUAUCGCUGGAGGAGUCUUUCUCUAUGUCCCCCUCGUUGACAUGUUACCAGACAUGAGUCAAAGUUUAGACGAGCAAAUGAGAGAUGCUUUCAUCAAGACGGGACGGAUGUUGAACAGAGACGUCAAGCUGCUAGUGUUUGUCCAUGGCCUGGGCCUCAUCCUUGGAAUAUGCAUCAUUCUUGUUGUCUUGUAUUUUUCCACCAGUAUUCAGAUUAACUAACACGAAUAUUUCAAUCAGAUGUCGC